CCGUAUCGACUAAUGCCGAGAACACAAGAGUCCUUCUGCUGGCCGGGGGAAGGUGAUGGAGUGCUGCUGAAAGGCAGCGAUGAGAGCGACGUGGACAAGAACAAGUGCUGCACGUUGUGCAACAUGUCCUUCACCUCAGCAGUGGUGGCACAGUCUCACUACCAGGGUAAAAUCCACGCUAAGAGGCUCAAACUGCUGCUGGGAGAACAGCCUGCCAUCACAACCAAAGAGGCAUCCCACAGUGAUGUAAAGAGCUCCCCAGAAACGUCUCCCAUGAUGUCACCGCGACAGCGCCGCGACUCAGAUCGAUACUGCCAGCUGUGCAACGCCUGGUUCAACAACCCCGGCAUGGCUCAGCAGCAUUACGACGGGAAGAAGCACAAGAAGAACGCCACCAGAGCCGAUCUGCUGGAGCAGCUGGGCCAGACCCUGGACAUGGGGGAAAUGAAAGGCCUGAAGCGGAGCUACACCUGCGAAGUUUGCGGCGUCACGCUCAACUCGGUGGCGCAGUACCACUCACACCUGCAGGGCUCCAAGCACCAAAACAAUCUGAAGAAUCAGAUAUGUGUCCAGUGAGCGUGGGACGCUGAUGAAAACACCAACUCCUGGAUUGAUGUCAGACAAGCUGUGGUCAGCUUGCCCUGCUUUCUCUGCCUCUGUCCUGCUCAUUCAGUCGCCUUAUCAUCAUUUCAGUUUGUCGGUGGCUCAAUCUGCUAAACGAAGAAUCCACAAAAUGUUGGAGCUUUGAGGGACGAUUCCAGAUUUACAACAACUUUUACACAAAGACCUCUCUGAGUUUUGACGUCUGGAAUCACUUGAACACAGAGCUGGACUGUUUUGUGGAGGUCGGGACUCGGAGCGAACAGCUGAGGAACUGCUGGCUGAUGUCACAGCUGCUGCAAGAGAUCCCAACAGCGAGGACUUUAGGACUGAUUUUAAUAUGACCAUCAAGAUUUGCACGUGGAAUUUGUUUUUGCGAGGUAGAGGUGGGGGGAAAAAAGGACGUGGAUGAUCUGCUUUGCUCAUCUAGCAAUGAUAACUGUGUUGAUCAGACAUGUUGUGUUUUUCACAGGUCACCCAGGAAUCAUAAGCCCCGCCUCCCUUUGUGUUUGUGUUUUGUUUUUGUCUGAGAAAAGAAUAAAAAACACCUGCAACAACAUUCA